AGUCCAGAGGAGCAGGGCGCAGGUGUUAGACUCUAGCUGGGAGGCUCCUGACUCUCCAGAGGCCUGUCAGGCCUUCCCCAGGAAAUGUUUGUUGAUGGUCGCUGACAGUUAUUGAUGAUCAAAUGUGUCAGGAAAGCAAAUCUUGUAAAAGUUAACUUCGUCUCCUGCUUUACUUGGCUGUGGGAGUUCAGACCUCUGCAAAUUAGUUCCUGCUCAGUUAUUUUCCAGUCCAAAUUCCUGACAUUUCAGUUUAUCAUUUUUAGGUUUUCUUUGAAUAUUGUAUGUUACUAUGUAUUUAAUCUUCUCAGCCAAAUGCCUCACUUUAAAGGUACUCUGAUAUUGAAAUAAGGGAAGAAGACUAGAUUAGGCGUGCUAUCUUGUUGCCUUCAAAUACAGAGGCUGUGACUGAUAAAUAUUGUAGUUCCUUAAGGUAGUGCUGACUGCAGCACUAAUUAAACGUGGAGCUUAUGCGAUAUAUUGGUGUAUUAAAUUGGAUUAGCAGAUUUGCUGUAUGGUAAUGUUCUGUUCCUAUUUUGGGGGGAUGGGUAGGAACUGACAUCAAGGUGCAUCUUAAAUCCUCAGGGUUUAAAGAGGGUGGAAUAAAUUAGUGUUAAACCUGUUGUAGUGUUUGAUAUGAAGAACGUUUUCCUCAAUUACCUGAACAUAUAUGUGCGAUGAGCCUAAAAUAGACAAUAGUACACAAGAACCAAUGAAUUGUACAAAUCACACAGCAUAUGUUCAAUGUCUGCCAGCACCAAACAUUACUUGCAAAGAUCACCUUGGCAUAGAAAAAGUCUUUACAGGACAUGAAGUUGGAUUUUACAAGCCUAUUGCAUGUCGCAAUGUAAAUGGAUACUCCUACAAAGUGGCAGUGGCUCUGUCCUUAUUUCUUGGAUGGUUGGGAGCAGAUAGAUUUUAUCUAGGCUAUCCUGCAUUAGGUUUGUUAAAGUUCUGCACUGUAGGAUUUUGUGGAAUUGGUAGCCUAAUUGAUUUCAUACUUAUUUCAAUGCAGAUCGUUGGACCUUCCGAUGGCUCUAGUUACAUUAUAGAUUACUACGGAGCGAGGCUUACACGGCUCACUAUUACCAAUGCAACCUUCAGGAAAAUGCAGACCUAUCCUUAACCCUGGCAGUAAGUGUCACCAAAUGCAUAGGUGCAUUUUCUUUUUCCAGAUGGAUCCAGUUGUCCACUGAAAUUGCUGAUGACUUAUUAAUUACACUUCAUCAGAACUGAACAUUAGAUGUACACUGAACAAAGAUGAUAAAAUAUGAAAAUUCCUGAAGUGAAUGAGUUUACCUCAGAGGAGCCAAGUUUCUUUGCGACUGCUCUAUUUCUGUGAGCACAUAGUUUGUUGCCAAGUUGUACCAUUUGUGAAAUGUGCAGACUUUUGCAAUUUCCACUGAUGUUCUCUGUCUGUAAGUAGAGUGUUACAGAGAGGUGGAGAAAGAGUUGUUCAGCACAACUAUGCUGAUCUUUAAUCCAUUGAAAUUGAUGAGUUUUAGCAUGGAUGGGCCAGGAUUACACUAGGGGUCUGUUUUCAUAACUAUGUGUGGCAGUUUGUAAAUGAACUUAAAUAUUCCAAACCACAGAAACUGCCUGCCUUUCUAUCCUGUUCGUUAAAAUCCGGAUGGCUCUAAAUCUCGUGCUGUGUACCCCGUGAAAUUCUGUUAAUUGGAAUAAUUAUUUCUCUAAAGCAUAAAGACAAAUUUUGGCCAAGUUGCAAAAUUUGGUCGGUGCUGAUCAACAGUAGAAAUAUGGAUGCAUAAAAAUGAGAACCGUAGAUGACACAUCACAGAAAAGGAGGGUGGGUCUUGGGGUGCCCUGAGGUUAGGAAAUAAUCAUUCUGCUUAUUUUGAUUUAUUUAUUUCCCUCCCUUGGAACCAUCCAUAGUGAAAUACAUACCUUCCUUUUCUGAAAAGAAAUUGGUGCAUGUGUUUUACAGCUACAGAAUGUCAAAAAAGUGAAUUAUUUGUACUAAUAAAGACCUUCAAGUUUUAAUUUUAGAUCAGUUGUGUUUCAGUCCUUCAAAGUUGUUUGACCAAAGUCUUUAGGAUAACCAAGAUUUAUGUAGAUGUUCCUUUACAGAACAGCAUAUACACAGAGAGACAGAAGACAUGUCAACAGAAUCUUCAUGUUAUUUGAUCAAUUUUAAACAUUCCCUUCACCUUCUAAUGAAAACUGGCGGUAAAUGAAUGAGAAAUCCAUGUGAUACAAACUUUAGUGUCGAUUGUUUUCAGAAAUUUAGGCUGUUCUUUUUUCAGAUGAAACUUUCAAAAUGUUAUUAAUGUGUCCACAAACGUUAUUUUUAAGGGAAUUACAAAAAAAUGAGAUUUCUGAAUUGGUUUUUAAAGAGCAGUUUGUGGGUUUUAGUCUCUUUUAAACCUACAUUAAGACUGCUGCAUGGAAAGCUUUGCAAAGAAAUCCUGGGGGUUUUUUUCCAAAUCAGCGUAACCUGACAUACCACGUAAUGAGAAUAAAGCACAAGGAGUACUUUGUGCUUAACAUUAAUUCUUUCCUUCAUGCAAAAAAGAUGUAGUUUUGGAAUACUUGCUAACGUGCAUUUCACUUGUGGAUUCAAAGAGACAAGAACACUCUGUUAGCUUCGUUCACUUGCCUAAUAUUUGUUGCCUCUCCCUUUUGUCUCUCGUUCACUGAAUGCUCUUUGUGCAUGUCAGUUUUGUUUCCUGAAAUACUUUCAAAAACAGACAGGAAGUGAACAGAAAAUAAACGCUUGAAUCAAAUAAAAUCUUAUGGCUAAGAU